ACCAGGCAGCCAGGCCUGAGAGUUCAGGCCUGGAGCUGGGGCCGAGAUGGAGUCAGUCGCCGCUCCGGACACGCUACUCUCCUGGGCUUGCGUGCUUUUCACCCUCUGCAUGUUUUCUACCGGCCUCUCGGACCUCCGGCACAUGCAGACCACCCGGAGUGUGAACAAUAUCCAAUUCCUGCCCUUUCUCACCACGGAUGUCAACAACCUAAGCUGGCUGGGUUAUGGGCUCCUUAAGGGAGACAAGACGCUCAUCGUGGUGAACGCCCUGGGAGCCUUGCUCCAGACCCUCUAUAUGCUGACAUAUCUCCACUACUGUCCCCGAAAGCGUACUGUCCUCUUGCAAACUGCUGCCCUGCUUGGUCUUCUCCUCCUGGGCUACAGCUACUUUCAGCUCCUGGUACCUGAUUGGUCGUCCCGGCUGAGGCAGCUGGGCCUCUUCUGUAGCAUCUUCACCAUCAGCAUGUACCUGUCGCCCUUGGCUGACCUGGUUAAGAUCAUUCAGACCAAGUCCACUCAAUGCCUGUCCUUCUCCCUCACUGUCGCUACCUUCCUUGCCUCGGCCUCCUGGACACUCUAUGGCUUCCACCUCAGAGACUUCUACAUUAUGGUGCCCAACAUACCAGGAAUUCUCACUAGCCUGAUACGCCUGGGACUUUUCUGGCAAUACCGCCAGGUUCAAGAAAAGACUUACAGCAUUCUUCAGACCUAAGGAUGGUGGAGGGUAUACCCUACCUAUCCUUUCACCUGUUACCUUGGUGCCAACCUGUUGCCAAAGACUCUUCAGCUAUACCUCGUUGCUCAACCUUCUUAACCACAGUGGGGUGGAGCAGAAGAGGAAGGGGCUUCUUGGAAAGCAGAGGGGCCAAAAUGAGGGCUUUUAUUUGGGAGGAAUUUUCAUUUUUAUUUUUUGGAGAGAUUAUUUUUUUAAUGUGGGGUUGGGAUAGUAUUUAGUUGUGCCUUAUAAUAAACUAUCACAUACAUAACCUUC